UAGCAGCAGCAGUAGCCUUGGCGCCGGGAGCUCCGCGGGGCCGCUCUUUCAACAGGCGGUUUGUUCUCCCUUUUGGUGGCUCAUUUCCAUGCGAAGAGCCUGACAUCAGAGCACCUUUUGUUGCUAAAAAGCUUUCUUAGGCUUGGGGGGUGGGAGGGAAGAUAGACUGAGCGAGCAGUCAUGUGAAACUGGAAGAGCUCAUUCGGGACAGAGGGGGCCUGGGGUUUGCCUGCAAACUUGAACGAGAGCGGGCCAACUCCGACCGGGCCGGGGCUGGCCGGACGGGCGGAAGAGAGGAGGCGCGGGCCGGACAGGGCGCGGGCUGGUCUCCGGCUCCGGGAGAAACGCCUUCUCCAUCGGGCGGAUUGCGUCGGUGCUGGAGGGAAUCCCCAUUGGGACGCCCAGUGGUGUGAGCGAGCUGAGCCUUGGGCUCCCCUGGGGCUGGCUGGAGCUCCCGCAGGAAAGUUUGCGGAGGCAUGUCCGCGCUCCAGCCCUGCCUGGUGCCGGGAAGAGUUGUGCACCGGGACCGACUGGAGCGAGGGGAGAGCUGCAGAUCUUAAGCACGGUUUGGGCAUCGGAUCUGGCUGGGAGGACGCUGCCCCCGCCCCCUCUUCCUCCUUGGGGCAUGCACUGAGGAAGCUGUCUGUACUCCACACUGGUGACCAGGAGGAAGGCAUGGUGAAGCAGUUCGGCCGGGCUGGAGAAGUGUUUACUGUUGGAGUCGUGUGGUGGAGGGCAGGCGCAUCGCCACCCACCAGUGGCUCUGGUGAAGCUCGGGUGAGGUAGAGGGCACGGCCAUGGAGCAGGAUCAAGCCGCGUGUCCCGAGCCAGAGGCAGAAGCGGAGCCAGACAGCAUCAUGUCUGAUGCUUUCUCCAGGCUCUGGACAGAUGUCAUGGGGAUACUGGAUGGUUCAUUGGGAAACAUCGAUGACCUGGCACAACAAUAUGCAGAUUAUUAUAAUACCUGCUUUACAGAUGUAUGUGAAAGAAUGGAAGAGCUGCGGAAAAGAAGGGUUUCUCAAGACCUUGAUUUGGAGAAACCUGAUGCCAGCCCCACGUCACUACAGCUGCGAUCCCAGAUUGAAGAAUCGCUUGGCUUCAGUAGUACGCUGUCAACCCCAGAAACGGAAAGAAAGCUUCCUCUUCACAAAUCAAAUUCAGAAGACGGCUCUAUAGGAAAAGGGGAUUGGAAAAAGAAAAAUAAAUAUUUCUGGCAGAACUUCCGCAAGAACCAGAAAGGAAUAAUGAGGCAGACUUCCAAAGGAGAAGAUGUUGGUUAUGUGGCAAGUGAAAUAACAAUGAGUGAUGAAGAACGCAUCCAGCUGAUGAUGAUGGUCAAAGAAAAGAUGAUCACUAUUGAGGAAGCCCUUGCCAGGCUCAAGGAAUAUGAGGCCCAGCACAGGCAGUCAGGCACCUUGGAUCCCGCAGACUGGCCAGAUGGCUCUUAUCCGUCAUUCGAGGGCUCCUCGAACUGUAAUUCAAGAGAACAAUCGGAUGAUGAAACAGAGGAGUCGGUGAAGUUUAAGAGGUUACACAAGCUGGUAAACUCUACCCGAAGAGUCAGAAAGAAACUCAUUAGGGUGGAAGAAAUGAAAAAACCCAGCACUGAAGGUGUGGAGGACCAUCCGAUUGCCAGCUCCCCAAUUCUGGACGAAAGAUCAGCUCUCUACUCUGGAGUUCACAAGAAGCCAUUCUACUUUGAUGGCUCCAUUGAGAAGCCCCCAGAGGAUGACUCCGACUCCUUUACCACCUCUCCUUCAUCCAGCAGCCUGGACACCUGGGGUGCUGGCCGCAAACUGGUUAAAACCUUUAGCAAAGGAGAUGGCCGUGGCCUGAUAAAGCCUCCUAAAAAGAUGGGGACAUUCUUCUCCUAUCCAGAGGAAGAGAAGACCCAGAAGGUCUGCCGCUCCCUCACCGAUGGGGAGAUGAAGAAAGGUCUCAGCUCCUUAAGUCACGGGGUAAGUACUGAAAGCGUUUGCUUUUACGACAGCAGUCGACAUAAGCAUCACCUUCUGGUGUCCCUAGAGGAGGUCCAGAGUGUCAGGAAGCAAAUCCGGUUGAAGAAAAUGGAUACUAAUUAUUCCUGUUCCCGAGCUUUUCUCUGCCAGCGGCCCUCUAGAAAGGGCCUAAGUGCUACCACUUGCGACCUGCAGCUGCUCCGGCAGAAAGCCAAAGGGGGAGGCAGCUGCGGCUUCCCCAGUAGAAGGCUGCGAGGGCGCACCUCAGUCAGCGAGUUCAAUAUCACCUAUGUGGUGGAGCGGAGCCUGUAUAGCCACCUCAACCUGACCCAGCUGGUGCGGCCUGUCACAGACAGGACCCUAAGUAAAGCCGACAAGCAGGACCUGAGGCGGUGUUUGCUCGAGGAGGAGGAAGAGGCUCACAGGAAGUGGGCCGCCACGGUGGACCGCUGUACAAAACGGGUUCUCUUGAGAAUCCACCAGAAGUCUAGGACCUGCAGUUUUGGAGGAUUUGACUUAACAAAUCGUUCCCUGCACAUUGGGAAUAAUCAUUCUGACCCAAUGGGUAAAGAGGGGGAUUUUGUGUAUAAAGAUGUCAUCAAGUCACCUACUGCCUCCCGUAUCUCUCUUGGAAAAAAAGUGAAAUCAGUGAAAGAGACAAUGAGGAAAAGAAUGUCUAAGAAAUACAGCACUUCUGUUUCCGAGCAGGACUCCAACCCUGAUGGAAUACCGGGGUCUCCCCAGUCACCUCAGCCUGAUAAAGAGUCUUUGGAUAAACCUAAACUGAAAGCUGGUGGGUCUGUGGAGAGUCUGAGGAGUUCCCUCAGUGGUCAGAGCUCAAUGAGUGGUCAGACGGUGAGUACGACUGAUUCCUCAACCAGUAACAGGGAGAGUGUCAAAUCUGAAGAUGGUGAUGAUGAAGAGCCUCCUUAUCGAGGGCCUUUCUGUGGGAGAGCAAGGGUUCACACUGACUUCACACCUAGUCCUUAUGAUACAGACUCCCUCAAGCUCAAGAAAGGUGAUAUUAUUGAUAUAAUUAGCAAGCCUCCGAUGGGCACCUGGAUGGGACUGUUGAACAACAAAGUUGGUACUUUCAAAUUUAUCUAUGUGGAUGUGUUAAAUGAAGAGGAAGAGAAACCCAAGCGCCCCACCAGGAGGAGGAGAAAAGGAAGACCACCACAGCCCAAAUCUGUAGAGGAUCUUCUCGAUAGGAUCAACCUAAAAGAGCACAUGCCCACCUUUCUGUUUAAUGGGUAUGAGGACCUGGACACUUUCAAGCUCCUGGAAGAAGAAGACUUGGAUGAGCUAAACAUCAGGGAUCCAGAGCACAGAGCUGUGCUCUUGACUGCAGUGGAAUUGUUACAGGAAUAUGACAGUAAUAGUGACCAGUCAGGAUCUCAGGAGAAACUUCUCAUCGAGAGCCAAGGCCUGAGCGGAUGCUCCCCAAGAGACUCAGGCUGCUAUGAAGGCAGUGAAAAUCUGGAGAAUGGUAAGACUCGGAAGACUGUACCUACUAAGUCAACCCUAGAUCCCCACUUUAAGGAUUUCAACAGAAAUCAGCUGGCCAACUACCCAACACUGCCUUUAACUAAAUCAGUAGAAGGUUUGAAGGAGGGAAAGAAGGAGGCUCGGCUUAUCAGUAUCCACACUCCUCACACUUCUGACAUCAGUGGUGAGCCAAGUGUGACCAACUCCAAGACGAACCGAAGAAGCCUACCAGUUUCUAUCUGUCGGAGCUGCGAGACUCUGGAGGGCACAGAAGCGGCAGAGACUUGGCCAAGGUCCCAUUCCCUGGAUGACCUUCAAGGAGAGCCUAAUGCUAAACAAGAUGUGCCUAAAAAGGAAACAGAAUCAUCCUCUCAGAAUGUACCAGAAGUGCCCCAAAAGACAACUGUUUGCAACCUGAAGGCAAAAACUCCCUCAGAUGUCUCUUCUGUACAAGACCCACUGCUAUUGACCCAAAGCAUUCGAUUUUCUGAUCCUCAGAAAAUUAAAACUAAAACAUCAGACUGCCCAUCCACAAUCUCUUCACAUGGAACAAUUCCUUGUUUGCCUAAAAAUUACGAAGCUCAGCCUGCCUCAGUUAAACAGACUUUAACAAGGACUCCUCUAGAGGGUCACAAAAAGGGGUAUGAUCUUGAAGGAACAAAUAACCCUCCAGUCACCAAAGAAGGGGUCGAAGUGGAUCAGAGGGUCACUGAGGCAAGAGCACAGCCAAAAAUUCCUUCACAGCCUCCACCUGUCCCUGCCAAAAAGAGCAGAGAACGCCUCACUAAUGGACUACACCAUGCUUCUGUUGCCCAUGGUGGUGCCUUCUCUAAUCCAGAUGUUCCAUGCUUGCCAGUUAAAAAGAAUAGCCCCAUUAGCCCUAGUGACUGUCAUACAAUAACAGUUUGUAGGUCUUCCCCAGAACAAGAACCUGGCAGCCCCCCAACCACACGGCCACCAUGGCUUUCUGAACUCCCAGAAUCCACUAGUAUUCAACAGCAUGGAGUCAAGCUGGGCCCUCCUUUGACAAGGAAGAUCUCCUGCGCCAGAGGGGUAGAUCUGGACAUGCUGGUAGAGAACAAGUUGCAAGCUGAAGGUAUCGAUCUCACUGAGGAACCGUAUUCCGAUAAGCAUGGCCGUUGUGGGAUUCCUGAAGCUCUAGUGCAGAGAUAUGCUGAAGAUCUGGUUCAGCAGGAGAAGGAGGUUGCUGUGAAGAUGGACCAGAUCCGGGUGAAGCAGCUCAGGAAGCAGCACCGGAUGGCGAUCCCAAGUGGAGGACUCACAGAAAUCUGCAGAAAACCCCUUUCCCCAGGAUGUGUAACCUCGGUCUCUGACUGGCUGAUUUCCAUUGGUCUGCCCAUGUAUACCAGCAUCCUCACGGAAGCAGGAUUCAACACACUGAGCCAAGUACCUUCUCUGUCACAGACUUCCCUUCAGGAUGUUGGCAUCACAGAGGAGAGACACAUAAGUAAGCUUGUCACGGCAGCCAGACUCUUCAAACCACCCCUGAACCCGGAAGCCAUGUAACCGAGAGUGGGCAUAUCCCUUUAACAACCACUACCCUUUCUUUCACUGUGCUCAAUAAUACCCGUGCAAUUUCUACAGAUGGCCUGCAGAAGGUCAGGGCCAGCCUUGGGCUUGGGCUCAAACACAGCCCAGUGAAAGCUUGACCAAGAACUGGAACCUUUCUUCUCAGUGAAGACAAGUAACCAGGGCCAUCCUCUUUAUCCACCCCCCACCCCCGCCCCACCCCCAAAGGAAAGUCCGAGAAGGAUUUUCAUUUUGAAAGUUGCUGGGAGCCAACGUACAAACCUGUGACAGAUGCCAUUUGCCAAUCUGUCCUUUUAGGGUAGGGUAAGAGUGGGUGAGUUGUUUGAGGGAGCUAAACCAGUUCCCCAGUGUACCCGAACAUCAUUCUCCUUCCUAUUGCUCUGUCGAAAUGCAGGUUUUAGCUAGGCCAAAGUAACAGACUCUGGAGUUAGUUUACGGUGUCGCCCGUUUUCAGUUACUCAUGAGCAAUUAAAUGAGACUGGUACCAGGAACAAGAAAAGUCUUGUUUUGGUUUGGUUUUGGGUUUUCUUCCCCUUUGAUAAAGCGAGUCAUUUUAUAAUAAUGACUUUCUAGCAUUCAGCUUUUUAUUUGCCUUAAUAUAAGCUCUUAAGCAGUAUCGUAACUAGUGUCCAGUCACCUGUAACCAUAUUUCCAGACCUUCAGCUUAGACUGCCAUCUAACGUCCUGCGAUGUUUCUGGACAAAAAUUAAAACAAACAAAAAAAAACUGGCUUUUUUUUUUUUAUAAACAUCUCACUUUCAGAUGGCCAAGGUAGGGCUGUUUUUCAGGCGUUCAUCUUGGGUUUCAGUUGUUAGACUAACAAACUCAGUAAAUAUGUCUACAAUUGACAGAGCUAUUUCUUCUUGUGUGUGUAUAUGUGUGUGCGUGUGCGUGCGUGUGCAGUAACUGCCUUUCAUUUUAAUCAUUUUUAAUAUUGUUACUGUGUCAAUCAUACUCCAGCAUCAACUUGGUAUUGUGACCACAACCAUUCCAGACUUUUUUUUAUCAGCUCAUCAGUCAUCUCUGUAAAAGCCAUUAAAGAGACUGAACUGUUCAGGAAGAGGUUUCAAGGAAAGAAGCAAGCUCAUAGGUUGUUUUUGUGGAGAGUUAAGGUGUUGUUUAUAUUGCAUUUUUUUUUAAAAGUUGCUUUUUCUUUUCUGGAUGCUUCUUGUAUUUCAAAGAAAGUUUCAUUUAUGGAGGGUUGGACAAAUGAUCUUAGCCAUAUCCGUUAAGGAUUUACAUGUAUUCACAAACUGAUGUAAAAUAUUUUAACAAAUUCCAUCUUUUUGCAGCUUAAUAUCUUGUUUUCUAGCAGAUGCUGAAUUCAAAGAACUGACCCAUUAGGGCAGGGUUAUACUAUAUCCCCUCCAAUAACAUCUUGUUUUUAACUUCUUAUUACAAGCACUCAUUUGUACAAUAGAUGUCACAGUCACAAUUUUGAUAACUUUGGACGGACACCGGGCUUUGCUUAGUCAAUAGUUACAAAUACUUUGAUUUAACCAUGAAAUUCCCUGUGAAAAUUAUUUCAUUAUGUCCAAAGUUUCUUUUCCUAUACUUUCUAUCACUGCCAGCAGGUCUGUGAGGUAAAAAGAGAGAAUCUUUAUGGUGACAUUUUUUUAGUGAGAAAAUUAGGCAUGACUGAAUGCUUUGGUCAGUGGCAAGACUUUCAUUUAAAAAAAAAAAGCAACCACUAUAUUAGACUUAUUUUUUUUUUUUGCAAUUUUAUUUUUAAUGAUUUGUUUCUCAGUAAUAUUCAGUUUUUCCAAGAUCUGAUGUAAAGGAGUUGCUGGGACACAGCCUAAGAACAGUUAAAGCUGUCCACUUUAUAUUGAACCCUAAUUAGCAUGUCAUUUGAUCCCAGUUAAGCACUUGCAUUCAUGUCUCCCUUCAUGUUGAUGGAAACAUGGUUUAUAGUUAGGGUGCCCAGAGGUUGGGGGUUGGUGAUAUGACCAAAUUCUUUAAAAAUCUUUCAGGAGGUUCAUCGUGAGGUGGGAAGUGGGCUCUCUUUCUCCUUUAGCAAAUGGAAGAAUAAGUCAGAAGACCCUCUUUGGAAGGUCUCAGCAAAACACCAAAAAGAUGGCAGUUUGAAGCACUGACACCUGGAUCACAGAUGAGAAAUUCCAUUUGACAAACCCCAGGGAAGGAAAUUUUAUCUAAAUUACUGAAUUUUCCCUCCAAUAGAUAUUUUAUUUACUAGAAUCAGGAGAAAUAGAAACUUUUGAGCAUUUCAGAAUCAGGCUAGACUACCUUUGAAAUGAGGAUUACAUUGGGGAGGCAGGGGAGUUUUGAACCAAAUCUAGGAACCAUCUAUAAUUUUAAGAAGCUGGGGGGUGGGGAGGGGCUGUGCCAAUUUGAGUAAUCUGGGAAAUGUGUGUUUUCAAGACUGCCUUUUAUGUGGUUUUAUAAUUUGUUUUCUGUUUGAUCUCCUUUCGCUUUAUACUUUUAACUCGAUCCUAGAGAAAGCCUUAAGUUUCUGUGUGUGGUUGUCAGCUGAGGUUUGAGUGGUCAGCCUAUACACUUCAUCUGACAGGUGGGAGGUUUCAGCCAUAUCAAAUGUUUAAUUAAUUCUCUGUCAGGAGGCAAUUCUGAGCAAAAGUUAAGCUUGUUGACUUGUUGGAAAGCACAAAAGAAAUCUACUGAGCAAGCUCUGGCUCUGGCAGAUAACUUGUUACAUGUCCACUGUGUGUAAUUUUUUAACUUCAAAAGUUGUCUGGCAGGAGCCAGCCCCAAAUACUGUUUACAUUCCCAGAUGAUUUAGCUAACACAUAACCUUUCUCCAAAUGCCCUGUUCUCCUUCUCUAUCUAAGUUUGGGUGAAAUCAUAAGGUUGUUUUAUUGGAAAACAGUUCCUUUUCCUAAGCACAGCAGGAGAGGUCAGUUCACCAUGAUGAUGUUGGUGGCACACUGUUCUGUCUCAUUCGCAAGGGGAAAAAAAAAAAAAGAUUGUACUCUGGGUCCAAGUUACCUUGAUUCACAUUUGUCAUAUUUAGGGGAAACAAAAAACUGUCAGGCAAGUGACAUAACAACUAACAAUGUUGCACUUUCUGUAUAUGAAAUCAAUAUUUAAAUAACUUAUUUUUCUCCAUUGCUGUUCUUAAACAAUGUAAGUAGCUGUAAGAUACCAGUACCGAUAUGUUCUUGCAAUUUGCUUCAGCCCAAGAAAGCGGUGUAUUGUUAAAAAAAAAAAAGUGUAAAAAGUUAUUGUGCUGUUUCAUUUAGCAAAAAAAAAAAAAAGUGGACAAAAGGGUUUUCCUGUGUAUCAAAACUUGUCUAUAAUUAUGUCAUUUCUGUUGAUAGAAAAAAGUAAAUAAAUUUCUUCAACUGA